AUGACCCAGAUUCAAUCCCGCAAGCGCGGCAUUCCCGCGCUGGCGUAUCCUGCAUCCUCUCCUGCAUCGCCCUCGUCCUGUAGUCUGCUAUUCAAGCACUCCCUGGAACGCGCUCAAGCCACGCUUUCUCUGCAAUUUGUACUCGCCAUCUCUGGCUACAACGAACCCCAAGCCAUAACGCUACCCUACGAUGCCUCCUCCCUCCUCCCUUCCUCCCUGGGCCCUGCCAUCAUCCCACUCCCACAAACACGCUUGGAUGAGUUAGCACGUCAUGGGAAUCCGCAGAUCCGCACGAUCUCCCUGCGCCUAAAGACCCCAUGUCAUGUCUGGUGCCCGCCUGGUUCUGGCUCGGUGCGCCCCAAUCGUGGGGCUGAAGAUGUGAUGGAACACUUAGUGCAGGUUGCGAGGGCGACAGACGUGUGUGUUGUCUUUGACUUCAACUGGCUGCGUCGCCAGCAUCACGAGAUUUUCACACAGCUACUUGAACAGCCGGACUCUCUGGCAGCCUUCGCGACGAGGCGGCGUGAUGGGUAUAGGUGUAUGGACUGGACUGUGUUCGACCUCAGCCCUUCCGAAGUAGUGCAGAAGGUGUCAGGAACUGAGUCAGAGACGGAAGAUGAAGCGCCACCAAGUUAUGUUGAGAGCCACAAGCGCCCCAGACACAAUGAGUCCCCCUCCUCGCCCUCGCCAUCAGGGAGAAACAGGAAACGCAUCCUCCGCUCCCCAGCGCGGAUCUCCACUUCACCAACCGAAAAAGCCAGCUCGGUGCCGCUAAGUCCAACACCUCCACACUAUUACGCUAGUCCCGCCGAUCUGGAAAGAGAGAUAACGAAUUCCGUGGCGAAAUUUCUCCCUGGCGUGAUGAGACAAAUCCUCCCGGACCUCCUCCCAGAACUCUGCGCUAAUCUAGCAUCGCCAUCACCAUCUGUCGCUGCAUCAGUAUCAUCUCAGACUUCGACCCCGCCACCACCACUAUCCUCCCUCAAACCACUUCUCAGUUCCCGUGUAGCUCGCCAUGUAGAAGCCCAACUACAAUCUAUUUACGACCACACGCUCUCCCACGCAUCAUACCUGCGUAACACCGCCGAUGCAGAACUGUUCGAGGUGCUCGAAGACUACAAGCUCGAUCUAAUCAUGGUGAAGGACGACGCCUUGGCGGAGCUGGAUCGCGAAGUUGUAGGUAAACUUGAGGACUUAAGAGCAGACGCGGCAGAUGUUGUUAACGAGGUUGGCGAACGUGUGGGUGAGCAUGCAGAUGAGCUAUGCGAUGAUGUGCGAGAGCGAUUGGAUGCGAUCGCUGAAACGGAGAAACUGGGUUUGCAAAGGGAGAUGGUCGAGCUGGAGCGGGAGAAGAAGUGGUUGAUGUGGGAGAGAGAGGUGUUGGAGAGGGAUAGAAGGCGAUUUGAGAAGCUGACGGCACCGGUGGAGCUGAGGACGGCGAGAGCGGGCUCGGUACCGCUGUGA